GACUUGGCUCUUUCUCACCGACUGUCACAGAUUAGCUGACACUGCCGUGUCGGAACGAUAAACAUGGACAAACAAAGUUAAGCUUCGGUUUUCUGUAUCUUUCCUCUCUGUCUCGCUAACAGUAACAGGGUAAAGAGUAAGCGAAACCCUACGCGCGUGUUCCUUCCGGUGAAACUAUCUUAUCCUCUCCGGGAUCUGAAUCUGAGAAAUUUAAUGCACUACUACUUCUUCUCGAGAAGGAUCCAGAAGAAGAAGAAGAAGAAGAGCCACACUCACCGCCAAUGAGCAACAUCCGUCGCUGCCAGAGGAUUCUCAUCCUCUCUCUCUUCUUUCUCUCCGUCGUCGCUCCUCUCGUCUUCGUCUCUCACCGGCUCAACCUUCUCACUCUUCUCGGGAGAGGAGAGUUUCUCGAAGAUUUGUAUCGCGCUACAUACAGGGGAGAUACUUUGAAGUUAAAUGCUGUAGAACAGGAAGGUGCUGAAGGAUUAGAAGAGCCAAAUCAAGUUGUUUAUACGGAAAAAGAUUUUUCUUCGACAAUUAGUUACUUUUCAGAAAAGAAUAAUGAUUUUAAGGAAUCUAGAAUUGCCGGUUACAGAACUACCACUUUGGAAAGAAAUGUUUCAGGAUUCAAUCCCGAUAAAAGACAACACCAGGGAGCUCAGCAGAAUGAAUUAUCCUUCAUGGCUCAAGGUAGGAACAUACAUGAUUCACAGAGAAUGUCAGAGAAGAAUAUUGAAGUUACAAAUAAGAAAGUUCAGGAGAUUAAGGAUCAAAUUAUUUUAGCAAAAGCAUACUUGAAAAUUGCACCACCAAGCAGCAAUUUACGCUUGAGGGAUUUGGAGCAGCUAACGAGAGAGAUGGAAUUAGCAGUUGGAGAAGCUGCCCGGGAUUCAGAUCUGUCAAUGAGUGCUUUGCAGAAAAGGAGACACAUGGAGGCUUCACUGUCUAAAGUCUAUCGUGCUUUCCCAGACUGCUCUGCCAUGGGUGCUAAGCUCCAUAUGAUGCAGCGUCAGGCUGAAGAGCAAGUCCGUUCUCAGAGACAUCAAGCAACAUAUCUUGUUCAUAUUGCUGCGAGGACCGCCCCAAAAGGCCUUCACUGUCUUUCUAUGCGGUUGACUGCAGAAUACUUUUCCUUGAGGCCUGAGGAGAGAAAACUUCCAAAUGAAAAUAAAAUUCAUCAUCCUGACCUUUAUCAUUAUGCUGUCUUCUCUGACAAUGUUCUGGCAUGUGCAGCGGUUGUUAAUUCUACUAUCUCUACUGCCAAGGAACAGGAGAAACUUGUUUUCCAUGUAUUGACCAAAUCACUCAACUUACCAUCAAUCUCAAUGUGGUUCUUAAUAAACCCUCCUGGCAAAGCUACAGUCCAUAUACUGAGCAUAGACAACUUUGAAUGGUCGUCCAAGUACAAUACCUACCAGGAAAAUAAUUCCAGUGAUCCAAGAUACACUUCUGAACUGAACUACCUGCGUUUCUACCUUCCAGACAUUUUUCCUGCUUUAAAUAAGAUUGUGCUUUUUGAUCAUGAUGUGGUGGUGCAGAGAGAUCUCAGUGAACUAUGGAAUAUCAAUAUGAAGGGAAAAGUAAUUGGAGCCAUUGGAACUUGUCAGGAAGGAAAAAUCCCAUUUCAUAGGAUUGAUAUGUUCAUAAACUUGUCAGAUCCAUUAAUUGGAAAGAGGUUUGAUGUCAAUGCUUGCACAUGGGCAUUUGGGAUGAAUUUGUUUGAUUUGCAACAGUGGAGGAGACAUAAUUUAACUGUUGUCUAUCAGAAUUAUUUGCAAAUGGGUUUGUGGAACAUUGGAAGUCUACCUUUAGGCUGGCUGACUUUCUAUAACAAGACAGAGUUGUUGGAUAGACAGUGGCAUGUUCUUGGCCUUGGUUAUAGUUCGAAUGUCGAUCGAAAUGAGAUUGAGCAGGCUGCCGUUAUACACUAUGAUGGGCUUAGGAAGCCGUGGCUGGAUAUUGCAAUGGGCAGAUAUAAAAGUUAUUGGACCAAAUUUUUGAAUUUUGACAACAUUUUUUUGCAACAGUGCAAUCUCCAGGCAUAGUUCAAAAUUCAAAGUUCCCUCUACCUGACAUGACCGGGAUUCUGCAAUUGUUUAAAGUUCUCCAUAUCUCUGACCUCCCCAAAAUUUCCAUGCACUUCUUUCUAGAAACUUAGUAAAUUUAUAGUGACAAUCAAGAUGAGAGUCAGUGACGUGCAUUUUAGCUGCUUGCAGAUGCAAUUGGCUGUUGUGUAUAUAAUCUUUGGUGUCUCUUAAUUUAUGCCUACAUUCUUUGCCCUUUAGUGUGUAUUUGGUUGGGCGUCACAAGGCCUGGAUGUGAUUCAUGUUGAAGCAAUUUAUACUUUCUUUUGUGUUAUUUGAGAGAUUUUAAUGUGAAUUUGGAGGCAAAUGUGGAUCUUGGACUCCUAUCCUAACACAGUUAGUUCCAUGCGUCGACUGGGAGCUGGCCUAUUUGAAGAACAAAUUUGCAAAUUAGAGAUUACGGCUUUGUUCUGAAUUGUUCCGUGAGGAUGAUUUGAUCUCUAGUCUUUACAAAGUGGAAAGGAAUGGCCACUUCUCUGCAUAGUGUUUCCCAUAGCUAAUAUCUAGCUGUUUUUCAUUCUCUUUUCUCUGGUGGUUAUGGAAUAUCAGAAGUUAAAUUGGACAGGAGGGUAUUAUUAGGAAGGCUCAGAAGUCACAAUGGAUGAAGAGGCAGACCUAUUAUUUGUAUUUACAUUGAAUUAUUUGUUUAAAAUGCUGAUUUUUAUUGUUCUUUCAUGUGGCUGUGUUAUGACCCCUCUAGUUUUUGGAAAGUACUCUAGGGAAAUUUCCAUGUAUUUUGAGAGGAAUGUUAAUUAUACAUUAAUAUAUAUUUAUAUUAUUGGCUGAAAGUUAUUAAUAUUUAUAA